AUGCACGGUAACAGGUUGCGUGAUAUCUUCCCCGCCCAUCAUGCGAUCGAACUGGAGAUACCAAAGCGAAUUGACCACUGGUUGUUCUCUCAAUUGCUCUCCAGGCCGUCAACUGCUGGCAAAGCCUACAGACCGCCGGGUCACCGUGAAUUGGAACCGUCGACCUUCGAACUUGGCGGCCGGUCUACACGUGCGGACCGCAGCGAGGAACGGACCACAUGUGGAGGCUGUUCGGGCCGUAUCCCGGACCGCUCACUCCAUCUUUGCCAUGCUUCAGUCUUAAAGCGAUACUGUGAAGACCGGGCGCUCAUGAACAGCCAUGGACUGGAUAUUUUAGCAGUUACAACGAGGCUCGGGGUUCGAAUUGGUCCACUGGCCCCGGGGUCUUUCCACCUCCAUAUCCGCGGCCCGUUGGUAACGGUCCGGGGCAGGCUUGUCCAUGGACACCGGUUGCCGCAAGGGUCCGCCGAAUACACCGUAGGUUUAUAGGGCUUGCUUGGGCCUGCCUAUACUGGCAGUUGAGCAGCUGUAGCCUGUAGGGUAAUCGCUGCCGUCCCACAUGCAAAUAAGUUGAUGAACUGACUUUGAAAUGAGGAUAGCGGUGGACCCUGGAACCUGUAACCGGUCAUGGCGAUGUAGAUCCGAAUAGUCUUUGAAGGGUAAAAGCCCGAGCCAUCACAAGAGGGCAUUCCUAUCUUGCUAUCGCGUGCUGUGCCUCCAAGCUGCAGUGGGUUUGGGCGAGAAAGUUCGCCUCAUAUGUGAUUGAAGACGUCAGUAAUGUUUGAAGUGAUUUUAGAGCCUCACUUCCAGGCUGGCGUGUGAAUGUCAAUGCUCAACUGGCGAGCCUGCUAGUUCAGCCAGAUCAGGCAGCUUGCACAGUCCGUGUCGACGGUGGCAAAACAAAGCUGAUGAUCCGAUUCGACACAGUCAUGAUUUCAGACAAGGUUGGUUAUGCCCAUGUAUGUGUC